AUGGAUGACACCAAGGGGGAUUGCUGGCAGGCGGCUCUAGAAGAAGCUGCACGAAAAAAUGGGGCAAAUCCGGAUCUACGGGGAUGCUACUCUUCCCUAUCACGGAGUAGCGUCGAUGCCAAUGAAUCAUCGAGAGCUGUCAACUUCCCGACACGAGCUCAACAAAAAUUGUCUGGGCCAGCAACCGAUCCCCUCCACUAUGUGACUGCCCAAUCCGCUGCUAUGGCUUUGGCUGAGCAUGCAAAAACGAUCAUGAGCAUCAGUGAGCAGCAGAAUCGGCGUAGGAAUCAGCAGGUCGAGACGACGCCCCGUUUUGAAGAAGAAGAGACGUGGAUGUCCGAUUUGGACACCUGGCGCCGGAAACGUAGGCAAAAGAAAAGCGAUGAUUUUGUCGAAGAAUCGGAAAAACCGGAAGAACGGCAAGUU